GGGGGCGCGGCUUGGCGGGCAGCGGGAGGCCGUGGUUAGCAGGAUCCGUCAGAUCAGUGGCGCGGGGAACCUUCACUUUGCACGAGCGACUGAAACUUCACUGCCAAGAUGUCUGACGACGAGAAAGAGCAGACCAUAGCAGAGGACCUGGUUGUCACCAAGUACAAGAUGGGUGGUGACAUCGCCAACCAGGCUCUUCGCCUGGUUGUGGAAACAGCCCUGCCCGGGGUCUUGGUGCUCAGCCUCUGUGAGAAGGGGGAUGCCUAUAUCAUGGCUGAGACUGGAAAGGUCUUCAAGAAGGAAAAGGAAAUGAAAAAAGGCAUUGCGUUUCCCACCAGCGUCUCAGUCAAUAACUGUGUUUGCCACUUCUCUCCCCUGAAGAGUGACCCUGACUUCACACUUAAAGAUGGGGAUCUGGUCAAAAUAGAUCUAGGGGUUCAUGUCGAUGGCUUCAUUGCCAAUGUUGCCCACAGCUUUGUGGUGGGAGCCAGUAAGGAGAACCCCAUCACAGGCAAGAAAGCUGAUGUAAUCAAAGCAGCCCAUCUGUGUGCAGAAGCAGCUCUUCGCCUUGUUAAACCUGGAAGCCAGAACUCAAAAGUGACAGAAGCCUGGAACAAGAUCGCCAAGUCGUUCAAAUGCACACCAAUAGAGGGUAUGCUGUCUCAUCAGCUAAAGCAACACAUCAUCGAUGGAGAGAAGACCAUCAUUCAGAACCCGUCAGACCAGCAAAGGAAGGACCAUGAGAAGGCGGAGUUCGAGGUACAUGAAGUCUAUGCUGUGGACGUCUUGAUUAGCACCGGAGAAGGGAAGGCCAGAGAUGCAGGUCUAAGGACCACCAUUUAUAAGAGGGACCCCAGUAAGCAGUACGGCUUGAAGAUGAAAACUUCCCGUAUGGUCUUCAGCGAGGUGGAACGACGCUUUGAUGCCAUGCCUUUUACUCUCCGGGCGUUUGAGGAUGAGGCCAAAGCUCGACUGGGUGUGGUGGAGUGUACCAAACACGAACUGCUUCAGCCCUUCGGUGUGCUACACGAGAAAGAGGGAGAGUGUGUAGCUCAGUUUAAGUUCACAGUGCUGCUGAUGGCCAACGGGCCUCACAGAAUCACCAACGGGCUCUUCGAUCCGGAGCUCUAUAAGUCAGAGCAUGAGGUGCAGGACGCAGAGCUGAGGACUUUGUUAGAGAGUUCUGCAAGCCGUAAAACACAGAAGAAGAAGAAAAAGAAGGCCUCAAAGACAGCAGAAACCGCAACUGGACAGCCAGCCGAGGAAACGGAAGCCGUAGAAUAAAUAAAUACUGCCUUUCCAUACACGGAGGACCCCAAAGAGAAGCAGGAGAAAACAACAAAUUGCCCCAAACUCUCUGCCCGUUACACACCAACUAUAUUAUGCAGUAAAGGGUUAAAUUAUCAAUUAAAACAAAACCAUAUCGACACUUGACAGUGAAUUCAUCAACUGUAACUGAAAAGUUGGCUUUUGUGUAUGUAGUCAGGGUUAGUCUUCCAUCAUAGGCCUUACAACUUCUUUGGUUAAAUCUACAAUGUUUCAACCACUUGACUCUUAACACAAAGUAUUACCUGAGCACAAGACUGUGUAAACAAGCAAAAAACAUACCGUAUCAGUUUGACGUUGGCGAUCAAAACUGCUAUAUUUACUGCCAUCCCCUUGAAAAAAUAUAUACGUUCUAGUUUUGAAAACGUUUUUUCUAUUGAUGACAUCUGCUAAUUUCUUUACUAUGUCAUAAGCCUUGUGAAGAGUGAAAACUGAAGUGGGCCAACUUCGAAGGUUUUAUGGGUCUCUUCAGUGGACCAUUAAGAUCCUUAAGGUCUGAGUUUGAUUUCGAGGUCUGGGUCUUGAAAGAAAGUCAAAUCCUGCAUUGUAGCUCAAUCAGUGGGCAAUGAACAUCUAAGGAAAUAAAAACAUUUUCAUACAUU